UAAAUAUUGCGUUCUCAUUUGUAUGUACUAAGCUUUUUUUACAUGACCAUUUUAUUUUUGUACAGUUAACAGUACUUAUAAGUGCGAUAAGAAGAUUUGUAGAAACAUUUACGUUGCCUUUUUUGAGGUAAAAAAAAUGUAAUAGGUAGUACGUGUACAGAAUUUUUAAUUUAAAUUUAUUGGUGACCAAUUUGAAUCACGCCAUUCAACGAUUUGAAUAAAUAAUAUUUUACGUACAAGAUGAAAUACGUCUGAGUAAUCAUUUGAAAACAACAACCCGAUCGUCUAACGUUGUCCUCCAUAAAAAUAAGCAAGUGCGUUAUCGCGUUUUAGCAAUGAACGAGGAAAAGUUUAGAUACCACAAAGUGUGUCGAGUGCCAAUCCUAAAACAUAACCUAGUACGAAAAAACGAUGCAAAGUUGUAGAUUCGCUAGCCAGACGAUUAGAGCCAUGUCAACCUUGAGAAUAGCUCUGGCACAGUUAUCCGUCAGUGCUGACAAGGAAACAAACAUCAAUAAAGCUAUUUCAUUCAUUGACAAGGCAAAACAACAACGAGCCGACCUUAUUGUGUUACCAGAGUGUUUCAAUUCACCAUACGGAACAGAUCAUUUUCCCAAGUACGCCGAAGUUAUUCCAUCGGGCGAUACGUGCUUGGCGCUAUCGAGCGCAGCCAAGAAGAAUGAAAUCUACGUCAUUGGUGGCACUAUUCCCGAGAAGGAUGGAGACAAGCUUUACAACACCUGCACAGUUUGGAAUCCGAUGGGAGAGCUCGUUGUCAAGCACAGAAAGAUGCACCUGUUCGACAUCGACAUCAAGGACAAAAUAACGUUCCGGGAGAGCGACGUCCUCAGCGCCGGCAACAGCCUCAACAGCUUCGAGGUCAAGGGCUGCAAAAUCGGCCUCGGCGUAUGCUACGACAUAAGGUUCGAGGAGAUGGCGCGGCUGUAUCGCAACCAAGGCUGCCACAUGCUCGUCUACCCGGCAGCGUUCAACAUGACCACCGGGCCGUUGCACUGGUCGCUCCUGCAGCGCGCCCGGGCCAACGACUGCCAGGUUUACGUGGCCUGCGUGUCGCCUGCACGUGCCGAGGGACCUGGUUACAUUGCCUGGGGACACACUCAACUCACCAGUCCCUGGGCCGAGGUUCUCGCCGAGUUGGACGCCAUCGAGGACAUGAUUGUCAAGGACAUCGAUCUUAAAGUCGUGGAUGAGGUCAGGGCACAGAUUCCAGUGUCUCAGCAGCGGCGCACGGAUUUGUACGACACGGUCUGGAAGAAGAUUUAAUUGCGACACAGAUUAAUGUAAAUUUUCUUUUCCAUGAAAAAAAAAAAAAAACAAUAACAAAAAAAAAUUGUUAUAUUUUUAUACCAAACUUUAUUGAUACUGUUUGUUAAUUUAUGAAUCAAAUAAUAAAGAGAUAAUACAAUGUUUAAUAAAUAGGAGACUAGGCUUUACGUUUUGUUUUGAUAAAGUAUGUAUAUUCUACAACAAAUGUACAAUGAUUUAUUUUACAUAAAAGGCCACUUGAUGAUUAAACGACAUGUAGUUACAUAUUUAUUGUUAAUGUGCUUAGUGGAGCU